AUGGGCAUCGCCGAGUCCACGCCGGACGAGCUGCCGUCGGACGCCGAGGAGCAGCUGCGCAGCGGCGAGCAGCAGCUGGAGCUGAGCGGGCGGCGGCUGCAGCGGCUGCCCAGCGCCGUGUGCGCGCUGAGCCGCCUGCAGAAGCUGUACGUGAGCGGCACGGGGCUGCGCGAGCUGCCGGAGGAGAUCGAGGAGCUGCGCGAGCUGCGCAUCCUGGCGCUGGACUUCAACAAGCUCGAGCGGCUGCCCGACGGCCUGUGCCGCCUGCCGCGCCUCACGCGCCUCUACCUGGGCAGCAACCGGCUGCUGGCACUGCCCGCCGACUUCGCGCAGCUGCAGAGCCUGCGCUGCCUCUGGAUCGAGGGCAACUUCCUGCGGCGCUUCCCGCGGCCGCUGCUGCGCCUGGUGGCGCUGCAGUCGCUGCAGAUGGGCGAUAACCGGCUGCGCGCGCUGCCCGCCGAGCUGCCGCGCAUGACGGGCCUGCGUGGCCUCUGGCUCUACGGCAACCGCUUCGAGGAGUUCCCGCCCGCGCUGCUGCGCAUGGGCCGCCUGCACAUCCUCGACCUCGACCGCAACCGCCUGGGCGGCUUCCCGGACCUGCACCCGCUCCGCGCGCUGCGCGUCUUCUCCUACGACCACAAUCCGGUCACCGGGCCCCCGCGCGUCGCCGACACCGUCUUCCUCGUGGGCGAGGGCGCCGUCGAACGCAUGGCCGAACGCGACGAGCCCACGCCCCGGCCGCAGCCGCGGCGCCCAGCGCGGGCUUUCGAGGACGAGGAGGAGGAGGACUUGCUCAUAGGGGGCGGCAGUGCAGGGGCCCUAGAGCGUGCAGGGAGCAGCCCCCGCGCCCUGGAAGCCGCUCCGGGACUGGGCACCUGAGCCUGUGCUUCUUCGGUAGUGGCUCGGGGAAGCUGUGGCUGCCCAGGUCUGUGGGACCGCUUUGGGUGAGCUGCCGGGCGCAGGCAGGCCUGGGUGCCAUCUUCAGACGUUCCUGGGGAGUAAGAAGACCGUAUGCUGGUUGAUUGCCGGGCAGUUGCCAGACUAAGAAGUCCCCGCUCCGUCCAAUCCCUGAUCGAUUCACUAACAGCACAACCGAGGUGCCAGCUCCUUCCUGGAGCCAGCGUCACCGCUGUCCACGGACUCCUCUCCUCUUGCUGAGUCUGGGUGCCCAGGGCGCCACCACUCUCCCUUCUCCUGGGGUUUGGCUCUCCUGGGACCACCCUUUCUGGUGCAGGAGCCGCUACCUCUGGGGUGGGCUGUGUGCCUGUGUGAGGCAGAACUCCAGGCAUGGGCUUGAUUGGGGCUGGUGCCCAGGACGGAGCGGGGGGAACCUGGGGUUGGGGCCCUAACAGGCUGCUGUCUUGCUCCUCUACCGGGGUUCAUCGCACAUCCCUCCCUCCCCAGGACCCCUAGCCUUUGGGGGAGGGGGGACAUAGAAGGCAGGCCCCCCCUUUUUUUCAGUUCUCUUCUCCCAGCUCGUGCCUGGAAUCUGGCUGGGAAGAAGCUCUCCCUCCUUCCCCACAGCCUGAACCUUCCAGCUGUCAAAUUUGAAAAGAAGCCACUGUGCCUCCAGGGCCUCCUGCACCGAGGAGAGAGGCUCUCUGCUCUGGGAGGCUGCUCCAGCGCCUCUCCCACUGCCUGCACUCUCCAUUCCCUUAAAUGGGCACAGCCAGGGCGGCUGGCACGGCGAGGGCAUGGGACGGGCACUGUGUGCCUCCACUCUGUCACCAGGGACAGCUCAAGGGGGUGAGGAGUGGGGGCCUCGCUCUGCCAUUCCCAGGAACAGAGCUUUCCCAUCCAAGCAAUAAAGGGAGGAGGAGGGCCAGGGCUGGGGACACUCAGGGACACCGUUGGGGGCAGGGGCCCCACAUCCUAGUGUUUUUCUUCAGGAAGAAAAAAACUGGCCGUAAACAUAAAUUAUGUUUCUUGGAGCAAGAAUGUGUGUUUCCCACAUGCCUAUUUAUUUAUAAGCCCUGGGGCACUGGGUCCUGUCGCUGCAGGGACCCUGAGCUCACACAGGCACUACCACCCAUCUGUGUACCCCAGCUCUGAGUCAGACUGACCCUGGCCCACUGCUGAGUCCUGUCUACCUGGAGGGAGAAGCGCUUGUCACUAGAAAUGGCUUUGGUUACCCCAGGCUAUUUUUCUGUCUUGCCAUAUCUCACUCCCUGCCUCCCAGCUCCCCAACUUCCUUGUUCCAGCUGUCUUCUCCAGCUUCACUCUCAGGGUCCCUGAUUCCCCGACUCCCUAUGCUUUUGAAUCUCCCUCAAGCUGGGCUGACAUUUCUCUGUCCUUUUACUGGUGCUGGCCCCCACCUCCCCUUCUUUGGCUCUCCCCCUCCCUUCCUCUAUCUCUCACUCCCUAUUCCUUUCUUUGUCUCUCCCUCUUAGUCUCUUUUUGCCCCAUCUUGGCAUUACUUUCCUCAUUGCUAAAGAGGGAAAAUUAAUGAUUUCAAGAAAGAAAAUGGUAAAACCUCAAGCCUAGAGACCCAAGGAGAUGCUGCCAGGCCUCCAUCACCAUGGCAAUGGUGGCUGAUGUCAUAUGGGGCCAAGAGGUCAGGCCCUACCCAGCAGCUCGGCUGGCGCUGGGUUGGAUCCUGGUGAAGGAGGAGGCUGGGGGUGGAUGUAGAGCAGUCAACACAGGAAGGAAGGUUGUGGGAACUGGAAUGAAAGGAGCAGGGCCAGAAACAUCCAGGAGGGGAGGCAACUUGCUCACAUACACGGGUCCCAGGACUCCUGCCCCAGUGCUCGUCCCACCCCAUGGAACGGCCACUCUGUCCUUGGCUGGCCAUCAAGUCUGUGUGUGGAGUGGGCAAGCAUUAUAGCCUCUUCUUACCCUCCUGGAGCCCCCAGACAGCCAGAUCUCCUGGCCAACAGAACAGCAGAGACCCAGGAGGGAGGCUCCUUUCCCACCUUUGUUGCUGCCAUCACCCACCUCUCCGUCCACCCUCAGGGGCUCUGGAAAACAGAACAGGGUGCUCGGAGCUGUGGGCCCUGCCCAGAAGCACCUCCCUGCCUCUGAUUCUACCACACGGCUUCUCCGGCCGUCUGCCCCACAGCAUCCCCGAGACACCCGGGCACUCUUGUUCUGAGUAUGAACAUUUAUUAGUACAUCCUGGCGUGCCACACAGAACAUGUAUUCAGACAGGGAUCCCUGCCCAAGUGGAGGGGCUCACAAUCUAAACGAGACACAACACACACACACACACAGGACACAGACACGGGGACAUCGCCACGAGAAAUGGAUGGUCAGGGGAGCCACGGGCCGGGACGUACAGUAUGUUCAAGUGCUGUCCUUCUGGAUGUCUUUGUGAGGGAGGGGGACAAGAGCAGGACACGGCCCAGGACGGCUUCCAGAAUACAGUGGUAUCCAGGAGGAACUUGUGGGAGAAAGAAACACUAGUGGUCCCAGGCACAGGAGGGAUGGAAGAAAAUCUCCGAAGAGGAGGGAAUGAAGACAGACCCAAAGAAGCGAAGGCAGGGAAAGUGGCAAAAAGCAAAGGAAGAGGCCCUGAGCCGGUGACAAGGUUGCUGCCACCCUGCUGGGGCUGAGCUGUCCCUGCUUUCACGUCCAGUGUCUUGGAGCUGUUUUCACAGAGAAAGCUCUGGCAAGGCCAGCUCCUGAGGCUACUUACCUGACCCUGGGGCUCCCUUCAACCUCUGGGCAGAAGUCAGAGCCAGAAGAAACAGCUACCUUCUAAUGGGACAUUUAAACCAAGUGGUGAGAAAUGGUUGGGGCAGAAAAGGAAAGCAGGUGGCUUUGAUUGGGGGUAGAGCCACUGGCCCCAGAUGCUGGGGAGCAGGAGGCAUGCUGGCCCCUUUGGCUCCAGAGUGGGGAGGCCAGUGAGUAUGGACACACAACAGGGGAGGCUCAUUCCUUUUGUGCCUGUGUCUGAAACAGAUGUAGCACCUGCCUUCUGAAGUACCCUGAGAGCUGCCAGGCCUUGGCUGUGUGUGAGGAGGGCAAGCGGGGGCUGGGAUGGUUACUGCUCUUUUGUGGACCAAGGGAACUGAGACCUGGAGGAGGAAGGGAAUAGCUUGUCCCAGGCCACAGAAGCCAGAGAAGGAAGGGCCUGCAGUCCAGCUUCCCAGGCCCUCAGGCCAGAGCUUGCCAUAGGCUCUCUUGAGUUGGAGAGACUUCUAAUCCUAAGGGAUUAAACCAGGAGCCCUGGUGGUGCAACGGUUAAGCACUCGGCUGCUAGCUGAAAGGUUGGCAAGUCAAACCCACCCAGGUUCCUCUGAGGGAGAAAGACCUGGUGAUCUGCUUCCAUAGAGAUUAUCAACAAAAACCAAACCAGUUGCCAUCAAGUGGAUUCUGACUCACAGCGAUUCGAUGAAGAUUACAGCCUAGAAAACUCUACGGGGCAGUUCUGCUCCGUCACAUGGGGUCACUAUCAGUCCAAAUUGACUUUUACAGCACCUAACAACGACAAGGGAUUAAACUAGAAAAGGGUGAUGAGAAGUCACGGCUCCAGCCAACACAUCGGGGUUCUGAGUCUUUCCUUUCUCUACUAGGACAAGCCAGAAGGAGGAGGCAAGAGCCCGUGACCACAGUGGCCCCAGCCAGAGCCCAGGGGGUGUUGGUGGGAAAGGUGGAGGGUCCUCCUUUGGUUUGUCUGACCUUCCUCAGAGGGCUGCCAGAGUCCCAUGGGGACUGAAGGGGGGACUGCUGUGCCACUUGGACUGACCUUGCUGAGGUGAAGCUGCUCCCAUUGCUUCCCGGGCAGCUGGUGGUUUAUAUUCUAGAUCUGAGGAUGGGCUUCAAACUCUGGAAGGACCUUUUGUCAGUGAUGCCAAAGGGGAUGAGUGGAGGACUCAGGCCCAGGCUUUCCAUCCCUCGUACCCCACUGCCUCUUCCCCUGGGGAGAUGAGGAAGGACUAGGACCCACAGAGGAAAGAGCCAAGGCCCUACUUUUUCACGAUCCUUUAUUAAUCAGAACAGGCCUUGCCACAAAAAGCUGGCCCAUUCCCACAAAAAUAUGAUUUUGCAAAGAGGAAAUCUUGCUGGCUUAGAGGGUGCGUGUAGUGGAAAAUUUUUGUAUGGUUCUUUUUUUUUUUUUUCAGUUUUUUUUCUUCAUUUCUCCUCGCUGUAAUUUUUUUUUUUUUGUGACAGUGGGUUUUUGUUGAUUUUUUUUUUUUUAUAAAACACUUGCGCUCAAGGACUCAAUACAAACAGCGGCCACCAAUUCCCCACCCUUGGGGCCCCCUUGGCUUUUUUUGUGUGUGUGGCUGUUUUCCUGUCCCCUCCCUGGCGUCUGGUGCCGGUGGGCAGGUGCGGGGUCCUGGGGCAGGUGGAAUUUGUACAGCAGUUAUGUGCGAAGAUGGUCACAAGAUACCUGAACAAGUUAACGACUACAUCUAGGGCGCCCACAAAGACGACAGAUGAUGGUGAUGAAGGGACCUGGGACACAGUAAAGAAGACAGGAAGGGCCUGGGCAGGCCUCGGCUAUUCCUGGAGGCUGUGUGGGGGAGAGGCAGGUGGGCCUCGCUCUCAGGCUGCGGUUAUAAUACAUUGCUCGCGGGUAGCACCUUCAGAGCCCUCCUGCCUUGACCCCCAGGUCAGAUGACGGUGGCCUCACAACCUCCCCAAUGAGGUAGGUGAAGUAUUAUUACCAUCAUUUUACAGAUAGGGAAACUGAGGCCCAGGGGGUGUGGGUGACUUGCCCAAGGUCCUGGGAUGGCGGCAGGGCUCUUCGGUGCCCCCUCCCCCAAGUUCCCCCAUUUCCUGCUCUCUCUCUUAGCCCUAGACCUUCCCCGCCUCCAUCCCACACCACCCACCUCCUCCUGUGCCAGCUGACCGGGCCUCAGCCCACACUUCACCGCCUCUCCCCCAUGCCCCGAGCUCCAAAAACUUGGAGCCUGGAGAAGUGCGGGGGGGGGAGGCACUAGAGAUGUGCCUGGGAGGGGUCAGAUGGCCAACAGACUCCGCCCAGAGAUGCUCGCUGCAUAUGAUUGGCUAAGCGCUCCGUGGGCGGGGCUCGGGAAAGAGGGUGCAGUUGCCCCGCCCACUCAAUAGGAUUAGGUUCGGUCUCCGAGGGCUCUCAAGCUCAGGGCCGUCAAGAGGGCCUGGGGUGGUCUCUCUCACUCUUCGGUCCCCCGGGGGAUGGAGGGGCGCAGGAAACUGAGGCGGAUCCGAGGGAGGGGUGGAGAAUGACAGCACCCUCUCCUCGACUCACGCAACCUCCGGGGUCGCUGCCUUCCCAUCCCCUCUGGGAGUUGGUCCCCAGCCCUCCGGCUAAGGAGGGCGCGGUUGGGGCGGACCCCAAUUUAAGC